CGCACCGGCACCAGCGAGCCAAUCAGAAUCCCCCCUCAGUGUUUUUGUCUGCUCUCCGGCUGAACGGUAUUUCAGUGAGAACAUCACAACCUGUCUUCCUCAUCAUGGCCUCUGGAGCUUUGUUCCCCAGCAUGGUGUCUGGGUCCCGCGGCUCCUCCAGCAAGUACCUGGUGGAGUUCCGGGCCGGUAAGAUGACCAUGAAGGGCAGCACGGUGACCCCUGACAAGCGCAAAGGUCAGGUCUACAUCCAGCAGACCGACGACUCCCUCAUCCACUUCUGCUGGAAGGAUCGGACGACCGGGAACGUGGAUGAUGACCUGAUUAUCUUUCCUGAUGACUGUGAGUUCAAACGGGUGAACCAGUGCACCACCGGACGAGUCUAUGUGCUGAAGUUCAAAGCUGGCUCCAAAAGACUCUUCUUCUGGAUGCAGGAGCCAAAAACCGACAAAGACGAGGAGCACUGCCGUAAAGUGAAUGAGUAUCUCAACAACCCGCCCAUGCCCGGUGCCCUUGGUAGUGGCGGCAGCGGAGGACAUGAUCUGUCUGCCCUGGGAGGCGAGGGCGGUCUGCAGAGCCUUCUGGGUAACAUGAGCCACAACCAGCUCAUGCAGCUCAUUGGACCAACUGGACUCGGGGGAAUCGGUGGUCUCGGGGCUCUGGCAGGUCCAGGAUUGGCUAACCUCCUGGGCAGCAGCAGCAGCAACGUUCCUGCAGCCAGUAACUCCUCCACAAGUCCGUCCACAGCUGUCACCCCUACCUCCACCUCUACUGCCAGUCGCCUUGGCUCCACCCAGGUGCCUACCACUCCCAUCACUCCCUCCGCCACCUCGGCAGCCUCCCCGACAGCCACCACCCCCUCCACCCCUGCUGUGACCACUGCAGCGGCGGCGGGGGCAGCCAACCCCACGCAGCCCAUCCAGCUGAGAGACCUGCAGAGCAUCCUGGCCACCAUGAACGUGCCCGCCAGCGGUCAGGGAGGUGAGCAACCCGACGCUCCUCAGAGCUGA